GGAACCGCCUUCCCAGGCGCGCUCUGCUGAUGCUGUGUCGGGACCAGAGACGGACUCGGACCGACGACUUUGCCUUUGACUGCUGACUGUCUGAACGCGUCGUAGAGAUGAUGUCGUACACACACCCUCGACAUUCCUCCUACAAGAAGAUGUUCGGCGGAGACCGGGUCGCGGUCCGGAGCUACUCCAACCGCCAGUUCUCCAGCCCGGCGCGCACCACCCGGGCGACCUACGGUCUCUCCAUGGCGCCGGCCGUUUACGCGUCCAAGACGCAGCGGCUGCGCAGCAGCGCGGCCAUGCCGCGGCUCUCCUCCGACCAGCUGGACUUCGCCCUGUCCGACGCCGUCAACAGCGACUUCAUCGCGAACCGCACCAACGAGAAGGCGCAGAUGCAGUCGCUCAACGACCGCUUCGCCAACUACAUCGACAAGGUGCGCUUCCUGGAGCAGCAGAACAAGAUCCUGCUGGCGGAGCUGGAGCAGCUGCGCGGCAAGGGCACGUCGCGCGUCGCCGACCUGUACGAGGACGAGAUGCGGGAGCUGCGGCGCCAGGUGGACCAGCUCACCAACGACAAGGCGCGCGUGGAGGUGCACCGGGACAACCUGGCGGACGACAUCGACCGGCUGAGGGACAAGCUGCAGGAUGAGAUAUCCCAGCGGGAGGAGGCCGAGUCAAACAUGCAGAGCUUCAGACAGGAUGUGGACAAUGCUGCCCUCUCCAGACUCGACCUGGAGCGGAAGGUGGAUUCACUCCAGGAGGAAAUCAACUUCCUUAAAAAGCUGCAUGAUGAGGAAAUGCUGGAGCUGCAGAGCCAGAUCCAGCAGCAGCAGCAUGUGCAGGUGGACAUGGACAUAGCUAAGCCUGACCUGACAUCUGCUCUGAGGGACGUCCGUCUGCAGUAUGAGAACCUGGCCUCCAAAAACAUUCAGGAGUCUGAGGAAUGGUACAAAUCCAAGUUUGCUGACCUCACCGAAGCUGCAGCCAGGAAUACCGAUGCUUUGAGAGUGGCCAAGCAGGAGGCCAAUGAUUAUAGACGCCAAGUCCAGGCACUUACCUGUGAGGUGGAUGCCCUCAAAGGAAGUAAUGAGUCCUUGGAGCGCCAGAUGAGAGAGGUGGAGGAGAACUUCUCCCAGGAGACAAACGGUUACCAGGACUCCAUCGGCCGUCUGGAGGAGGACAUUCACAACAUGAAGGACGAGAUGGCCCGUCACCUCCGGGAGUAUCAGGACCUCCUCAAUGUCAAGAUGGCCCUGGACAUUGAGAUUGCCACCUACAGGAAGCUGCUGGAAGGAGAGGAGAGCAGGAUCUCUACCCCACUGCCAAACUUCUCAUCUCUCAACCUGAGAGAAACAAUGAUGGAUAUGAAACCUCACGUUGAAACCACAACAACUAAGAAGGUUCUCAUCAAGACCAUUGAGACCAGGGAUGGUCAGGUGAUCAACGAGUCAACCCAGAACCACGAUGACAUGGAGUAAUCAUGGCUUUGUCUCGGCAAAACAGCCAAUGGGAGCAAUACGAAGAAUCACAGUUCACUGUAGCUACGAGCAAGCAAACGAACCCACAACACACAAAAAGCAAACCGCUUUGAAAAGUGCCUUUCUAUGUGAUGAUCCAGUUAGCCUGUUAGAUGACACAGAUUGUAUUGUGCUUCCCUCCUCUGCUGUCACAUUUGUGUAGACGAUAAUAAAAUCAGCACAACAUAGAAAUCCUCACUUUUAAGGCUACAAAAAUCUUUCUUUGUAACCAAAGUAGUAUGUUUGAUCAGCAUAGCAUGCACACUCCAGGAGACCCGUAUGCUGAAGAUGUCACAAUUGCCUGUACGCAGCAAUAAACCAUUAAGAUUGAAACGCA